GGUCGUAUUGAGAAAAUGUAAAAAACAGCAGUUGCUAAAAACUGUUCUUUCCGAAGGGACGUGAAUGGGUCGCGAAGGGUUAUUUUUUUGGGACUUUUUUUUCUAAUUCCUAUGAGUAAAACAUGUUAGUUUUGAUACGGACCAUUUUUGUUGCUUCCGUUUUCAGUGUAACCAACGCAGCGAAUGGGCAACUAAGAAAAUUGCAGACGAACCAUUUACACCAGCAACUGUCCAAUGCGGAAAUUCAAUACCUCGCCGGUCUCGCGGAUACGCGAUAUACGGACGAAGUACUCGACAAUAUACUCAUUCCCAGGGUAGUCGGAACCGCCAACCACGAAAAAGUGUUCAACUAUAUCAAAACCGAAUUGGAGAAACUUGACUGGGCUGUGGAAGUCGACGAAUUCCGUACCGACACGCCUAUAUUUGGGGCGCUAACUUUCAAAAACAUCGUCGCCAGCAUUAACCCAAACGCCGAUAGAUAUCUAGUGCUGGCCUGUCAUUAUGACAGCAAGUAUUUCGCGAAUGACAUUUUCGUUGGAGCCAUCGACUCGGCGGUACCAUGCGCUAUGAUGUUGAAUCUGGCCAAGGUGCUUAAUGAUGAGUUCCGGAAACACCGAGAUAACAUAGACCUCAGCCUCAAGCUGAUCUUCUUGGACGGCGAGGAAGCCUUUAAGAAUUGGAGUCCAAAGGAUUCCAUCUAUGGUGCUAGGCACUUGGCCGCGAAAUACCAUGAAAACAGACGACUGACCAGAAGUACCGCCGAAUCAGUAACAGAUUUGCAAAGGAUAGACCUAUUCGUGCUGCUCGAUUUGAUUGGUCACCGAGACACCACCUUCUAUAGUUACUUUCCCGAUACUUCGAAGUGGUAUUUAAGAAUGGCAGAGGCGGAAGAUCGUCUAAGCAGCUUGGGUCUGUCAAAGCCGCAGAGGUACAGGCACUUCGUGAAACAGUUACAGCAAAGUUAUAUCGAAGACGAUCACAUUCCGUUCUUGCGAAGAAACGUCCCGGUGGUCCACUUGAUCGCCACACCGUUCCCUCCGGAAUGGCACACUCCAAGAGACGACAGGGACCUGAUCGAUCUCGACACGGUGGAAAAUAUUAACAAAGUAUUGAGAAUAUUCGUCGUCGAAUAUCUUCAUAUUUACCUAUCGGAUACCUCAGAAGAAAACAUUCCAGACAAAGAGUUGUAGUAAUGAAUUAUAGAGUUGGACUAGGGACCCUAGGAUUUUUUAUUGUGUAAGUGUAUGUUAAAAAUUUUUGUUUGUUUGUCUUAUGACUUGGCUGUACUUAAGUGACGUGCGUUUAAAAAGUCACAACACUCCUAAAAUGUUGUUGUUUUUAUUGAAGACAUUGUUCGGUAUAAAAUUUUCCUGUUUCGAAAUUAUUGUUAUGUUAUAUAUAUAUUUAGUUUUCCCAAA